AUGAUCCUUGAACAAGAAGCAACACGUCAAGAUAUUGCUUUAUUAACAAAAACUAGUUCUGAUCUCGAAAAAGGCAUUAAAGACAUGGAAAAAAUAUAUUUUCAAAUUGAAAUUCAUCCUUUAGUUAUUGAAAAUGAUCAAAUUCAUAUUAUACAGUCGAACACGAAUGAAUAUGAUUUCUCCUCUCUUCCAUCUCCAAACAAGAGAAUCGAUUAUUCUAAAGAAAGUUCAGCAGCGAUGACCAAUAGCCAUCGAUUUUUAUUAUUACAUAUAGAACCCAAUCUAUGUUUGAUUAAUCAAGAAUCGGUUGUAGUACAACAAAAACCCUGGAAUUAUGGAAGAAUUUAUGAUAUGUGUUGGUCACCAGCACUGGUUCAAUUUAUUUCAAUCACAAAUGAUGGUCUUUUUCUUAUUGAUGAGAAAACAUUAGCAAUAACAAAGGUACAAAUCAAUCCGAAUGUUAAAUUGGGGUCCUGCACAUGCUCUGAUGACGCUCUCUAUGUAACAACAUGGGAAUAUGGCUCGUCAAUUUUCAAAUAUGAACUUUUACCAUCAAUACAAUGGAUCCAGGAAUGGCAGUCUCAAACUAUAUGUACUUGCCAAGAAAUAAUUCAGGAUAUGACUUAUAGUGACGAUGCACUUGCUAUAUUAAUCAAGGAUAAAUCUACUAAGACACUUAGCUUGGAACUACGAUCGUCAAAGACACUCGAACUAGUUUGGUCUUGUCCAUUGAGUAUAAAAUAUCAUCGUAUCUUUAAAUUUCACUGCUGUUUGGUCAAUCAAGAUGGAUAG